UUUUUCAUACAAUCAGCGCCUAGUAUUCACACGUAAUGCUCGUCCGCGCUGUUGUAGGGACACUGGCUGGCUGUGUGGGAUGUCAGGCGGGCGUUGAAAUAUUGCAAAGAAAAGUCAAAAAUAGUCUGAAUCUUCUAACUCUAGCUACCUGUGUAUUCGUAUCGCUUGAGGGUAUUUUAUUCCGGUCUAUGCUAAGCGUCAAGCAAGAAAUACCACUACGGGUGUAUAUCAAGAUAGUAUCCAUAUUUUUCAUAGUAAAUCUCUGUAACAAUACAUCCAUACGAUGUGAUAUUUACUUCCCUUUAUUCAUCAUAUUCAAGUCGGGUUCACUAUUAGCGAACAUUAUACUAUGUACCCUUCUACGGAAUCGCAUUUACACAACAACAAAAAUAUUCUCUGUUCUUAUCGUGACUGCAGGCAUAAUUAUGUUUACCCUGGCCAGCUAUGAAAGUAAACCUUCUAUUUCAACAUCGGAUCUGUAUUUUUUCGGCAUUCCGCCGUUUUGUGUAGGCCUCGUUCUACUCACAACAGCCUUGAUGCUUAGCGCUUAUCUUGGUAUUUGUCAAGAGGACAUGUAUAGAACUUAUGGGAAGCAUGCUAAGCAAUCUAUGUUUAUGGUGCAUACACUAUCGAUACCAGUGUACAUCGUGCUUGGAAGUGAGCUCUAUGAUGCGGUGCUGGCUGCUAAUAGCACUGAACCUUUCCAAAUAUUCGACUGUAACUUGCUUAUGCCUGCUGCAUGGGUGUAUAUUUUGACAAUCUGCGUUCUUCAGUACAUCUGUAUCGACAACGUUUACCGCCUCACGGCUUUAACCACAUCGCUUAAUGUAACAAUGGUGACAUCAAUUCGUAAAUUUAUAUCAGUGCUCAUUUCUUUCAUGGCAAUCGCCAAUUCAAAAAAGUUCAAAGUAUAA